UUUUCUCUUCUGUUUUUUCUCAGUUUUAACUCACAAAUUUUGAACAGAGCAAACUUGGAAGUCUAUGUAAGUAACCCGAAAUGGAAUAUUCAUUUAAAUGAAUUCUUUGACUUGUAGGUUGAUUGGCAAAGUCGCAGUUAUAACUGGUGGUGCAAGAGGAAUUGGAGCUGCCGCAGCUAAAUUAUUUGCUGAAAAUGGGGCUUAUGUUGUCAUUGCUGACAUAUUGGACGAACUAGGGGCCAUGCUUGCUGAAUCCAUUGGAGCUCGCUACAUUCAUUGCGAUGUAGCCAAGGAAGAUGAUGUGGAAUCGGCUAUCCAACUAGCCCUUACAUGGAAAGGUCAGCUAGACAUACUGUUCAGCAAUGCUGGCAUUGGAGGUCCUGCAGGCAGCAUAACCAGCCUUGACAUGGAGCAAGUGAAACAUCUCAUCUCAAUUAAUCUGCUAGGCAAUGUACACGGAAUCAAGCAUGCGGCUCGAGCCAUGCUCAAACACCGCACGAAAGGUUCCAUCAUAUGCACGUCAAGCUCUGCAGGUGUCAUGGGAGGGCUCGCAUCUCACAUCUACUCUUUGUCAAAAGCAGCCAUCAUUGGAUUGAUGAGAACCGCAGCCUGUGAGCUAGGCGUGCAUGGGAUUCGUGUGAAUUGCAUUUCUCCUCAUGCUGUCCCUUCAGAUUUGCUUGUCAGUGCUUAUAGAAUUUUCCUGGGGAAUGAAACAAGGCCAGAACAAGUGAGUAAACUCGUCGGUGAAACGGGGAGUUUAUUACGAGGGAGAGCUGCAACUGUAGAAGAUGUUGCGCAAGCUGCACUGUUCCUUGCCUCUGAGGAUGCUGGAUUCAUAACAGCACAUAAUCUUGUCCUUGAUGGGGGAUUUACUUCUUCUUGCAAUACAUUGAGUUUCAUCUACCAAUAGUCACGAGAGGGAAAAAUAAACAAAGAUUUAUCACAGUGCUAGCUAACUUCCUUACAGAAGCAGAGCUACAAUCCAUACCGGAAGCUGAUAUGAAUUUUGACCAUUUUAUCACUGUAAGCACCUCCUGAAUGUUUAUGGGCUGCAAUUUUUGUCAUGUUAUCUAACCCUGAAGAUUCUUUAAUCUAUACGAUUAUGGUCUAAACAAUUCAAACCACCACAUAUGAGCAACAAUUAUCCAUUGUCCAACUAUUUAAUGCUUCCCAAAACAGAGCGAUAUACCACAUGCAAACCUGAAUUCAUCAAACAAACAACUCUUGGAACUGCUAAUAAACAUGCGUGAAUGCCAACACCUUUAAUCAAAUAAUAACAGUUGUAUUACAUCUAAUUAACUAUGAGAAUCAACAAGUAAAAGAAAGCAAGAUUAUUGCUUUAAGAAGCAAUUCCUUUCAUGCGAUAAGAUACAGACAGUUUCUUUGAAUAUGGAACGCAUGGUUUAUAAUUGAACAGCAUGCAGUAAUUACGUACAAUACCUGAGAAUGAGCUCAGACAAAA